AUGCCAAAUCAUCAAGGCUCCUAUGACAAUGGUUCCAUUAUCCAUCACCCCCUCGACGACGAUUCCGACAGUGAUCAGGAUCAACCCCACGCAGCCAAGAAGGGAGGCUGUGCUUUUGACGCCGUGCGGAACAAGCUCAUUCGAACCAUGUCUCACGACUCGAGUACCAAGAACCCAUCCCUUACUUCUCUUGGCAAUAGCGACGAGGAGAUUGCACGACGAGCCGAGUUGAGGCGUCUCAUGCGUCAGAGAAUCCAGGAUGAGCUGCAAACAGAACAACCAGACGACGACAUGGAAAACAAGCCUGCGCAUGGCAUUCGCUGCAUAGCAUCCAUAGUCAACCUCGGCUUGCCAAGUGCUGGACCUCGAGACGCCAUUGAAUUCGCUGUCAAUAAAUCUCCCUCUCUCGAUGCUCGAGUACCGCGGUCUGGCAAGGAUCAAUCUCACGAAAGAGAUGUGCCAGAGUCGCAAAACUCCACGGAUGACCAAAAGAAAAGGUCAUUGGAUCGAAAUAAUCCGACGGAAGAAGACAAUAAGGCUGAGAACGACGGUGAUAAAAGCAAUGGAACUGAUCUUGCCACCAAUUUCCCAUCGCAAACACCUCGGUCCGGACAAAUAGAGCAAGCCCAUUCUCAGAAGUCUUUCCAGUUGUCUAAUAGUGCCACUCGUCUUGAUCGCAUUUUGGGCCCUGACAAUAGUUUCAAUAGCCGCCAUGCUUCUUCUUCCGCCGAUGGCCACUCGGCUCUUGGAGUGUGGCUGAUUGCUCAGGGUCUUCGUUCACGAGACAACUCGACUCUUCAUUUUGACGAUGACGAAGAGGAAGAAGCAGCUGGAGAUGGUAUCGAUAGCUCUCAAGUCGUAAACCAGUCUGGACCUGCGGAAACAGUGAAGAAAGAACCGACCUCCGGCUCCCAGAACAUCCUCUCGAAGGAAUACACGUUACCAGCCAACCAAGUGUCUGUGGCCACUGGUACACUUGACAGGGUGAAACCAAGUGGUGACCUCGAUUCAGAACGAUGCAAGGUGAAUCCUUAUCCCGAGAUCGGCUCUCGACGCACUGGACACACUUCUUCACCUCUUUCCGGAGAACGAACUGGAGCUCCGACGGUGGCAACAACUCGCAACUCUCUCGUCGACAACUCAUCAUCAUGUUAUCCGUCCAAGUUUCAACCAAGCCCUGCUCGCUCUCGACAGAAUUUGUAUAGUCUAGAUCUCAAAGAACUCGAAGGUAUGGAACUGUCCCCCUUCAAGUGGCAGCCCAAAUCGUCUCAGGACCAAGAAAGUGCCUCAAAGCAACAGAACUCGAGCAACGACGAUGAGCCUCAAAGCAAAGAAAUUGACGCUGAUCAUGGCUGCCAGGGCCAAAAUCCCACCGAAGCCGCUCCCGACCCAGUGUCACGGUCACAAUCAGAGUGUGCGAGUUUUCUCCAACGUGAGACCGAACUUGGAACGAUUGAGAGACGAUUUGGCGACUUAUUCAGUCGAAAAAAGCCCAACAGUCAGUAUACGAGCCGGUUCCGCGAAGAGUUUAACGAGCCCUCUCUCGGGCAGCCUGUUCGCAAGUCCUUCAUGAGCAAGAUUCACCUCACCGUCCCAAUCCGGUUCAAGGCAAGUUCACGAAGCCUCGGUGAUCACGACGAAGGAAAUACGCCUGGCCUCUCACGAGAGCCAAGUCCUACGCCUGAGUACCCGGAACUCGAAAUCCAACCCACGGAGUCAGGAUAUGAAGAACUUCGGGUGCUAGAGAGGGAAAUCAAUAACAUGAAAGGCGAGAACAGGUUGUCAACACCUGAGGGUGAAGCGUCAAGACCACGAUCCACCAAGAGUUUGGGUGACCGGAUAUCUGCUUUGAUGCACGAGGCGGCCAUGGAGGAGCAUCAUGACCAUGGUGAUGAAUCGGCCUUGGGCGAAACCCUUGCUACACCUGUCACACCCAGCCUACUUCAAGAGAGUAUCGUGGCAACAGACGUGUUUCUUACGCCGGAAAGCCGCCUCUCUUACGCCAAUGGCAGCCAGCAGGGAAAGUCAGGUUCAGAUACAGGGUCGGCAGAAAUCAGAGGGCACGAGGCACUCAAGGCAUUUAUCGAGACCGAUCAACGUGCGCAUCGUUCAAGAUCGAUAACCUGGGCAGGAAGGCCUCUAGCUGAAGUCACGCGAAAGCAGCAACGCUCUGACGACGCAACUGGCAGUUUACAUCAGAACGAAACGAAGAGUAUGAGUAUGCGACCUCACAGCAGAUGA